AUGGAAUUCAAUGUUAGAACUUUCCUUGCAACAGUGGUGAUGUUUCUGUUGGCAUCAAGUGUGUUAAUUAUGGAAAGUGAGGGUGCUGGAGAAUGUGGAAAGACACCUAUUGGUUCAGCAGCUGCUAGUCUAAGUCCAUGCUUAGAUGCUACACGUAAUGUGAGGGCAAAAGUUUCACCAGCUUGUUGUACUAAAGUUGGUGCUUUGCUUUCAACUUCUCCAAAAUGUCUUUGUUCAGUUCUUUUGUCGCCUCUUGCUAAACAAGCUAAGAUUAAUCUUGCUAUUGCUAUUACUAUUCCUAAGAGAUGCAACAUUAGGAACAGACCUGCCGGAAAGAAAUGUGGAAAGUACACACUUCCUUGA